AUGCCGAACUGCAUGAUCUACUGCCCCGUUGCGGCCUCCGAGGCCCAGAAGGACGCCUUGCUGAAGGACGCCGAGAAAGCGCUGGCGGACGCGAUCGGCAAGCCCAUUAGCUACGUCAUGGUCGGCUAUGUGCAGGCGGGCCACAUGCGCUUCGGCGGCAGCACUGAGCCCUGCGCGUUCAUUCAAGUCGCCUCCAUCGGCGGCCUCAGCGGCUCAGUUAACAACAAAAUCUCCGCUGCCCUUUCCUCUGCUUGCGAGCGCCACCUUGGCGUCUCCAAGAACCGCAUCUUCACAACGUUCACCAACAAGAGCGCGUCCGAGUGGGCGAUGGGCGAGCGCACCUUCGGCUAA